AUGCCUCCAAAGAAUGCAGGUACAACAAGGGAGAUGCAAGAAUUGAAGGAGAAGAACACAAGGUUACACGAGUCCUAUAAUUCCCUCUUAGCAAAGCUUGAAGCCUUGGAGCCUAGUCAGAGAAGAAAUGUUGAUGUAGGGGAUGUUAGUGAAGAAGAGGAAGGAGAUGAAGAGUUCCAUGAGGCAAAGGAAGAAACUGAAGAGCAGAUAGACCCUGAAGAAGAAAGAACACUCAGACUUCUUAAGGCAGUAAAAGGAGACAAGUACAAGGUAAGGGGUGAUAUACCAAUAUAUGAUGGUAGUUUGAAAGAGGAAGAACUUUUGGAUUGGGUAGUAGCAAUGGAUGCUUAUUUUGAUGGAGAAGGCGUACCUGAUGAACAAAAGGUCAGAUUGGCAAAGACAAAACUCAAGGGGCAUGCACUCCUAUGGUGGGAUCAUGAAGAAGCUGAUAGAAGAAAGAGAGGAAAGACCAAGGUUACUUCUUGGGAUCGGAUGGUGGCUAAACUAAAAGGUAAUUUCCUUCCUAAAGACUAUGAAAUUCAAUUGUAUAAGAGAUUGCAAGGGUUAAGGCAAAAGGAACAAGAUGUUAAGGCAUAUAUUGAUGAAUUUUUAAAGUUGAGUAUAAGGUCUGGUAGAGAAGAAGAUGAAGUUGUUAAAUUUGCUAGAUACCUAGGAGGUUUGAGAUUUAAUAUUCAAGAUGAGUUGGUUGUGGCUAACCCCAUUAAUGUCAAGAAAUGUUAUCAAUUAGCUCUCAAGGUGGAAGAAAAGAUGAAGAUGAGACAAGAUAAGGCUAUAAGAGGUAUAGGCAAUAACAAUGGCAGGGGUAGAGGUAUAUUUCCUUCACAUAAACCAAACAAUGAGGAAGAAGGUGAAGUAAAUAAAGGUAAAGAGCAGUCAUUUUCUGAUUUUAGAGGUGGUUUUGGUAGUAAUAGAGGUAGAUUUGGUAGAGGUUUUAACCAAUUUUCAGGGAGAUGUUACAACUGUAAUGACUAUGGGCAUCCUUCUUUCAAAAGUCUUGAGAAGGGAGCAACAGCAUCAUCAUCCUCUAGAAGGGUUGCAUAUGUUCAAGAGGAAGAGGUUAGUGAUAGUUCAAAGGCAAUUGUGUGUACGAGAGAAGUUGGUUCAAGUGAUAAUAUGGUUUCAAAUGAAAUGGUUGAGAAAUUGCAAUUAGAGAGGAUACCUCAUACGAAUCCAUAUAAAGUAUCUUGGGUUAAUGAUGAUAUUAGUUUGUUGGUUAAAGAGCAGGCAAGAGUUGAUUUCCACGUUGGUGAAUACAAGGAAAGUGUUCUAUGUGAUGUUUUACCCAUGGAGUGUAGCCAUAUCUUACUUGGUAGACCAUGGCAAUAUGACAACUGUACACUCUACAAUGGUAGGGAGAACACUUAUACUCUUGAGAAGAAUGGAGUACAAUAUACAUUGUUUCCCAUGAGUGAGGAUGUUAAGGGUAAAGGUAAGAUUGUGAUGUUUGGUAAGAAGACAUUGGUUCGAGCCAAGGAAAUUGAAACAAAACCUACACAAGAGAAGGUUCUUAUCCUUUUUUUGUUGCAGGAUAUCAGAUGA